AUGACUGAUGAUGCCGAGAUGGGAAAAGCCACCCCUCGGACCCCAGAAUUCACUCCUUUCGAUGGUGCACCUGCGUGUGUCACCAGCUUCCUGUCUUUCCGGGAAAAGAUGGCUCGUCGCAAGGCCAAGAAAGCGCCUAUCCGUGACAGUACUGAGCUUUCUCUUCCUUUCGCUCCGGCUGCUACUCCAGCUCAUGAGCCCAUGGUCCAGGUUUCACAAGACGUAGUGGUGAAAGCUGGCAUGGCUACUUCGCAUGUACCGGAGGCUUUGGCUUAUCCUUCUGGUUCGUCUACGACUCCAAUUUUUGUAUACGAGAAAGAAAAGGCUACGGAUUCGAUGCCUCCUCCCCCAGCUAGAAAGGAGAUCGUCCUAGCCCUGCGUGCUCCCAGCGGUACUCCGAUUGUUGCACCAAAUGUCCGAAAGAGGAAGUGCAUCAUACAGAGAGUCCUUUCAACAGGAUGGGAUGAAUCUGACAUCGGGGUUUCGCGAAAAGCGAUGAGGAGAAGAAGAAUCGUGGGGUCGAGGAAGCAAAAGGUGCUCUAUACGUUUCAGACCUAUUUGGAGAAGAUCUCCGAAUUAUUAGGUUCCCUCGAGUGUGCCCAAAGAAGGAAUCUGAUUCUGGCAGCUGUUGAUGGCGGGAUGGCUGUCGUUCAGGCACUCCAAGGUGAAGAUCCUUCAUCUAUACAGGCUGAGGAGGCCAAGCUAUCCGCUCGUAAGGGAGAGCAUGCGAUCGUGGAUGGGAGCUUUGACCUUAUCUCGGGUAACUUGAAAUCCGAGUGCUCCCUUUCGCCGCGUUCAGAAGACCCUUAG